GCAUGCUAUUCAUAAAGGGCUACACAAAGAAAGACAGCUCACAAAAAUUCGAAUCUUGGAUCACGGCAAUUGGUUAGAGCUACCGCACAAAAGAGGCAUCAUGUCGAUGGUACUGGAGAUCGGUGGGAUUGCCCUGGGCAUCAUUGGUUGGAUCACUGGGAUUGUCGCUUGCGCUCUGCCCAUUUGGCGUGUGACGUCCUUCAUCAGUCAAAAUAUCGUCACGGCCCAGAUCAAUUGGGAGGGUUUAUGGAUGAGUUGUGUUGUGCAGAGCACCGGACAGAUACAAUGUAAGAUCUACGACUCCAUCUUGGCCCUGCCACAAGACCUCCAGGCCUCACGAGCUAUGACCAUCAUCUCCAUCAUCUUGGGGGUCCUGGCUGUAAUGAUCUCCAUCAUGGGCGCCAAGUGUACCAACUGUAUAGAGGAAGAAGCAGCAAAGGCAAAAGUUAUGAUCGUGUCCGGUGUCUUCUUCAUUCUCGCCGGCAUCCUGGAGCUCAUUCCAGCUGCUUGGGUGGCAAACCAAAUCAUUCAGGACUUCUACAACCCGAUGCUGGUCCCCGCUCAAAAGAGAGAGCUCGGGGCAUCACUCUACAUAAGCUUUGCGGCUGCUGCUAUGUUGCUGAUCGGAGGAGCGAUGCUGUGCUGCUCCUGUCCUCCACAAGAGAAGAAGGACAAGUCACAGAGAAUGGGCUCUGACAGCGUUCUAACAGUGGUGGAAAUGACAGCAUUCCAAAUUUAAGGGUCAUGCUAUGCUAUCAAUAUGUGCUUUUCAGUUUCAUAAGGAUUGUCUAUGUGCGUAUUUUGAGGCACUUAAUGUGUUAAUUAAAGGAGUAGUUCAUCCAAAUAUGAUAAUUCUGUCAUAAUUUACUCACCCUCAUGUUGUUUUAAGCCUGUAUGAGUUUUUUAUCCUGUCAAACACAAAAGAAAAUAUUUUAAUAAAUGAAGGUAGCGACACAGUUGACAGUACUCAUUGACUUCCACAAAAAGAAAAAGGAAUAGGGCCUACUAUAAAAGUCAGUGAAGUUAAAAUAUCUUCUUUUGUGUUGAGCAGAAAAAAACAAAAUGAUGAGGAUGAGUAAAUGAUGACAGAAUUAAAAAUUUU